AUGGACACUCUGACGUCGGACAUGCAGGAAGAGGCACCCUGGUGCAUGCUCUUUGCCGACGACAUCGUGCUUGUCGGAGAAGAGGGACUCGAGGUACAAGGCAGGUUAGCGAAGUGGCAACAGAGGCUGGAAAAUGUUGGCUUGAAGAUCAGUAGAUCCAAAACAGAGUAUCUUUACUGUAACUUCGGCGGUCUUUCCGCCCCUGUUGCCAUGACACUAGAUGGCGAAAUAUUGCCUACCUGCUCGGAUUUCAAGUACCUGGGUUCCCUCAUUCAGGGAAAUGGCGAGAUCGACAGAGCAGUUCAGCACAGGAUUAACGCAGGAUGGAUGAAAUGGCGACAGCAUAUCAGUCAACAGAUUCUACCGAACUAA